CCUCCAGAGGGAGAACCACCAGAACCACGUGACACUCCGCGGCCCCGCCCCAAUAGCUGGCGAGCCAUUACGUCACUUCCACCAGCAACAAACAUCCGGCGUCAUUGCGUCACUGGAUCAUGUCCACUCAUGCAAGCGGCUUACGAGAGAGGGAAAACAAAGUUAAUUAGACGGAGGAGGGGUUCAAAGUAGAAGCGUCGCGGCGCGUUUAUUUUUUUCAAGUGAUUUAUUAUGUUCCUUCCAUCUCAAUGCACCGCUCGAGGAAAACUCUGAGCGCAGACCUUCGUGAGCCGAACUGAUUUUUGGUCGAACCAGUGCAAGCAUUAUCAUCUGUUCGUUGCCUCCUCUAUCUCUCUCGAUUUUUUUCGCGUGAGGAGGACUGGGGGCACCUACCGUGGACAUUGGUUGGACCAAGUGUGGGCUCCGACAGGUAGGUGUGAUGGGGCUCCCCCAAGCGGCACUGGCUGGUAGGCUCAACCAAAGCCGUGACUGCUGCCUGGACCCGAUCCUUUAGGGCCGAUUGACAGCACACCUCAGCCAAUCAUCAUCCACGCCAGUCAAUGGGCGACCAAUGGUCGACGCCAAAAGAUGGGUCAGGGGCUGUGGAGAGUUGUAAGGAAUCAGCAGCUGCAACACAGAAGAUACAGGGAGGAAGGUUAUUAUCAUGGGGGACAUGACCGGAGACUCGCUGCAAGCCGCAAGCAGGCCCAGAUUGGUAUUGACAUCUACCACAUUCUGAGAGUUGGCAGAUCGAAAGAAGAGCAUGGAUUUCCAGACCUGGAGCUAUUGCCCCCAGAGCUUAGUUUAACCAUUCUAUCGUACUUGAAUGCAACUGAUCUUUGUCUAGCGUCAUGUGUCUGGCAAGAUUUGGCUAAUGAUGAUGUCCUUUGGCAAGGGUUGUGUAAAUCCACCUGGGGUCACUGUUCCAUUUACUAUAGAGACCAUCCUUCAAAUUUUAGCUACAGGAAACUCUACAUGCAACUUGAUGAAGGCAGCCUUACGUUCAACGCCAAUCCUCAUGAGGGAAUGGACUACAUUUUUCGCAAAGGCAUACUGGACAAUGUUCCGAAGGAAAUUGCAAAGUUUAUUUUCUACACAAGAACACUAAAUUGGAAGAAACUUCGAAUUUAUUUAGAUGACAGGAGGGACGUGUUAGAUGAGCUUGUGACACUGCACAAUUUCAGCAACCAGUUCCUACCUAAUGCACUCAGAGAGUUCUUUCGGCACAUCCAUGCUCCUGAAGAACGUGGCGAGUACCUGGAGACUCUAAUUACCAAAUUUUCGCAACGAUUCUGUGCUUGUAACCCGGUCGUUACCAGAGACCUUGGCCUAAGCCCAGAUGCUGUGUAUGUACUUUGCUAUUCAUUGAUCCUGCUUUCCAUCGAUUUGAAUAGUCCACAUGUAAAGAACAAGAUGUCUAAGCGGGAGUUCAUCAGGAACACUCGUCGGGCUGCCCACAAUAUUAGUGAGGAUUUUGUAGGACAUUUGUAUGACAAUAUCUACCUUGUUGGUCAUGUGGCUGCCUAAAUGCACCAUUAACAAAACCUACAGAACAUGAAGGUCAAACCUAUAAAGUUGCACAAUGAUGUAUUUGACCUUUUGUAAACACGAGGAUUAUUUUAGUGCUGGCCAUUGUAACCUCUGUGUACAAUCAGCUCUUUUUGUGUUUUUCAUCCUGCGAUUGUUAGCACUUUGGUAACUGACUACCCGUUUGUGUUUAAUAUUAUUUUAGUUAUCAUGAGUUGGAUAUUAUAGUGCCAAUGUCUGAUGCAACAGUUUAGAAGUUAAAAUAAUCUAUAACUGGCAUAAGAAGUGUAAAUUGUGGAUGGGUUUACAGAUUAAGUGGGGCAAUGAACUCCCCACCCCUUUUUUCCUUUUCUUUUUAAUGCAUGUGAUGUGUAUAAAUGCAAAAUGAGAGAUUUAUAAUUAUUUUAUUGUGAAGUGUUUUAACUAAAAGAUUUUCCUCUGUACAAAUAAGGUGACUAUUUUUUCUCUUUAUUGAAUUAGAAUUUUUAUGUUACAGAAGCAGGAACAAAGCACUUUGUUUUGAAUUUUUUGACAUAUGAAAUAGUUAGAACACAAAUGUUCUUUUUCCUAUGGGUUAAUCUCCUACCCAGCUUAUACUUACGGAAGAUGUUUUUUCAUUUAAUAUCCAGUCUUCAAGAACACUAUUUAAACUGUUGUCAAAAAAAUCAUUGAAACUAUAUCAAGUGUGCUGGUUUAAAGGAAUGCUUGAGUGAUUACUAACUUCUAUAAAAUCCUAGUUAAAUUUUCUCAAAACACCUCUUUCCUCUGUUUGUUUUCUUUUUAAGCAUAUUCUUUCAUUUAUCUUAGUUGUACUUUAGUAGAAAGAUAUUUUAAGUAUUAACUUGCAUGCUAGAAAGUAGGAAUUUUAUUCAAAUCGCUCUUGUGAUGCUUAAGCCAGUUAUUAUUCGAGUUGGUUCUUCUUGGAUGCAAGAUAAUCACCACGUUCAAUGAGUAGCCUUUAUAGGAGUAUAGAGGCUUUGACAUUAGAUGAAUAGUUUGUGCUUGGGUAACUGUUCUCAGCCAUUAUGUGUGAGAGUAAUUAAAGUUGGCUUUGGCGAAGUUGGCAAGGAAACAAUUAUCUAAAGUUUCCAUGACUUGUGUCCAGAAACUCUUGAAUAAUGUGCACCUGAAUGCAAGGAUAGAGACAGGCUUGAUUGUGGUGCACCGUGUAGUUAAAUAGCCCUUUGUGCAGCCAGUCGCAAGCCUGUUAUGUAAAUAAUGGCUUCGUGGACAGGGCAUCAGCAGGUACCCUACCUUCCCAAAGCCCAUACUUGUAUGUGGCAUCAAACUAAGGUGAGGAGAGACUUGUUUGAAAAAAUAUAAAACCUAAUGUCUAAAAAUAUUUUUGAUUGAAAAACUUGGAUCAUAUUUUAUGCAGCAGAAACAAAUCUGUAUGCCAGUACAUCCAUUGCUGCUGCAUCAGUCUUAAUGUGUAUUCCGAUAGUCACCAAAUGGAGGAAAGCAAGAAGUAAUUUAGAAUUGUACUACCUACAUCAUAGGUCCACCCAAUGUCACUGGUAAAUAUUCCAUCAAGGAGUUAUUUAUGUAGUGCAGGGCUAUUUGAUUUAAGAAAAACACAAGCUUGGUGGGAUUAGGGUGCAAUAUGGUAGUAUUUUAAUUGCUUCUCUAUGAUGCACUGAAAUAGUCUUUUUUUUUCCAUGUGAUAUGUUUCCAGUUCCAUAAUGUGAAUAUAAUACCAUUCAAGCAUUCCAAUGAUCGCUGAACAUUUACCAUUAGCACACUUUAUAGAUUAAAGUAGAUAAGUUUCAUUCAGGUGCAUGAAAGGCCGUGCACCAACAAAUGAAUGAAAAAAUAAUAUUUAAGGUUUGGUAUCUUAGGCAAAGACCUAUCAUACUUUCUCUGGAACUUCAGUUUCUACUUUUCCCAAUCCCAUGUAGUUCAAGUAUUUUGUUUGGAUGAAAGACUUCUGUAUUAAGUAGAUUUUGGCAGCCUCCUCCUUGCACCUCUGAGUACAGUUCAUAAUCCUACAGUACAAAAUAGCUGAAACUUGCCUCACAUUAGGCAAUAGCCUAACAAUAAACCCACUUAUAAGAUUUACUCACUGUUUCAAUGUUAGAGAAACAGUUCAUCUGGUCUUAUUGAGCCAUACAGCAUGGAAAUAGACCCUUCAGUCCAACCAGUCCGUGCCAACCAUGUUCCGAAACUAAACUAGUGCCACUUGCCUGUGUUUGGCCAAUAUCCCUCCAAACUUUUCAUAUUCAUGUAUUUUUCCAAAUGUCUUUAUAGUGUUGAUUAACUGUACCUGCAAGCACCACUUCGUCUGGCAGUUCAUUCCACGAAACACUGUUUUUAAAAAGGACAUGAGGUCAACUUCUGUUUUUAAAAAAAACUUCUCCUCUCACCUUAAAAAUAUGCUCCCUAAUUUUGAACCCCCCACCCAGGAAACAGACCCUUGCUAUUCACCUUAUCUCUGCCCCUCGUGAUUCUGAGCUAAGAGGCCAAACUUUUCUCUGUCUUCAGAAUCCCAAUGUUUGGACAAAUGGUUGCUCCAAACCCUCACCCAUCAGCAACAGGACAGGAUCAGGAAUUUUAUCAGAGAUCACCAGGCUUGCUCUCCAUUUGAAGAUGGGUGGCUAGCUGUGAAGUUUAGGCAGACCAUGGAGUGGGCUCUGCUUGGGCAGGUCAGGGACUGUGACGGUGCUUCUACUUGCAACUAAUUAUAACUCCUCAAAGCUGAGCCUCACCAGAUACAUGCAUGGAUUGGUGGGACCACCCUUUCCAUUUAUAAACUCAGCAUAUGUGCAAUCAGACUUGGACUCUCCGUGUUUUCUCCAAUCCCUUACCCCGGCCCUCAAAGUUGCAUCAGCAGUCUUUACACGCAGUGAAGUACUGUUCAACCAUUGGCACUGUGCCAACAAAGGUGCAAGAUGCCCUUAAUCAGGGUAUUGAUUUUAUAUAUAUAUUAGUUGCCUAGUAGGUGGAAAGCCAAUCUUUGAAGGCCACACCAGGGAAAGAUCCCCAUUAGUGGAUGUUCAUUUAGUUAUCAAAUUACCAUCAUAAACAACUCCCCACCUUUCCAACAUUGGAGGAGGAACAUCCUGCCUGCAUUGCAUUUAGCAAACGUUGCAGGAGAAGCAUUAGUGCCCUCACCAUCAUUUUUCCUGUAAUUUUCAAAAUUUGUUGCACACUUUCCUUGAGCUUCUGAUUGCAGCACAUGAUAAUCCUAUCCAUGUAAGGGAUGAAUUAAAAAGGGAAAUGGUAUAAUAUAUCAAGUGACAAUAUUAUCAUCUUACAAAGUAGUGGUAGUAGAUGAUUUCUAUUUCGUAAGGCCAGCUUUCCUAUAUAAAAGCAAUUUAUCUGAGAUUCCUCUGUAUGAGCCAUGAGAGUAGGACUUUGAGGUGAAUGACUGACUAAAAUCUAGCAAUUGAAAAUUCAUUGUGACUGGUUUUGCCAUGCUGCAAAAUUGUAGAAGCAAAACAAAAAUCAAAUCAUAACAGAAAAUGUUUAUUAAAUACGCUUUUCAAAUUUCAGGUUGCUGUAACUGAAAUGUAUUUUGAAUUGUGAGUUGGUAAAUGCUCUUUUGCACAGGUGUUUAUUGUAGAAUUAAUUGAAUAUUUUAUAUAAAUUUUCUAAUCCACAUUCAUCUGUUGACAAUUGCUGCUGUCAUGUUUUAUAAAUGGCAACCUUCUGUAAAUCUAGCCCCUGGUUGUAAAAUAAAAUGGUGAGGGGGAAAAUCGCUUUUUAGAUUAAUUUUAAAAUACAAUUGUAGUUGGUGGUGAAUGAAUGUUUUUUACAUAAUUUUUGUCAAUAGAUUGUACAUACUAGCCUUACAUAAGUCUGAUUUUAUAUCAGAACAUAGGAAUUACUAGACAAUAGAGAUGCAGGGUCCAUCUAUUUCUUCUUCUUCAAUACUGAUAGCUGUAAAAUUUAGUGAUGAAGAGGUUCUUGACUAAUCAUUCGCAACCAAUCUCUAUUAAUUAGUCUACAGCAUACUGCAAAAUGAGGUGGGAAGAACCUUACUGAUUAGCUUUGAGAACAUAGGACCAAAGUCACCUUGCUUCCAUCCAAGCAUACUCUUUCACUCAAAUGUCAAAAUAGUGUUUUGGAGAUGAUAUUGGCCAAAGAUAUUCACUCUCUGCUUAGUCAACUUCUGAUUUUCCAUCCAUCUGAACAAUUCUGAGUACAAUUAUAGCUUGGUAAAGACAACCUUUUUUAUGUGCUAAAUAUGUAAUGAAGUAAUAAUAUGCUUAUGAAGAAUGCAUUCUAUAUUACUAAUGAAACAAAUGCGAGUCCUCAAAGUGAAGUGAUUGCCUUUGCUGAGUUUAAAGUGACUAGUCCGCCACUUAGUCUGUAUUCAGUAGUUGUCACAUUGUUUGUUUCUCUCCACAAGUGUAAACAGUUAGUAGUUCGUACUUAAGCCCAGCAGUGGAGGUUGACUGUGCAAGAGCCCUGCCUUGUCCUGAACCUGUUUAGCAAGGGUCAUUUUCACAAGAAUGUGUUUACAGUUUUUUUUUACAGGCCACAUACACAGAAAAUCUUCCCUGCACCAUUUUGAUUUCAUGCAGUUGGCUGUAAUAAAAUUUGAAAGACACUGGCCAAUUUAUGGGUUUCAUUUUGUCAAUAAUGUAAACAGUGUUUUGCUCUCGUCCAGUGUACCAGUGGUCCAGUUAAGACUGUUAACUGCACUUUGUGCCACACCUUGGAGAAAUUUAGCUAUUUUGAAAUUUGACAAAAAGACACUAGAAUUAACUUCCAGUAAGUAAAGUUGAAGAUAAGGCACCCCUAAUUCAAAACUGCUGGGGAACUGACACACCCAAAGAUUACAUGCAGUUAUUUCAUUGAUCCCAAAAUACUGAGCAAGAUAUUUACCAGGGAGCCCCAUCCAUUAUUACUGAUUCCGUCCUGCCUGCACUUUGAAUAGAAACAUUGUGAUAUGCCCUAAUGCUGCAUGUCCUGGUACCGUAUGGCCCAAUAGAAAUAGUAAACUCAUUCACUUCACCACAGUUCGAGUAUGGAGUUAAAUUUCCUAUUUUACAGCUUUGUUUUGCUGCUUAAUGCAAGGUUCAGUGAUACUGACUACAGUGCGGGGAAUGUUCUCUUUUUAACAAGCUUAUAAAUCCAAGUAUACCCAUCUCUAAUCCUCAUUUGAAAUGUAUUGCUUCUUGGAGAAAAGAUUUGAGAAGCAAGCUAAAUAUCCUGAAAACAUCUACAUUAAUUUAGUUGCAUCUGGACCCAAUGUUUUAUAAUUGCAAAAAAGUUAAAAAAAAAAGUGUUCCCUCUUUCUAUAGUAUUUUAUUUGCAGAGUUUUUUUUAAAAUUACAUAACCGAUCUGAUGUUUCAUGGUUUUACUGAAAAUUACGAUAAGGAAAAUAGUUUCAAAAUGCAUCCAGCAGCACGAGAAAUCUGAUGUUCUGGCACUGGUGAAGUUUACAGAUUUUACUGUGGUUCACAGUAAAGGGGUAGUGCUGAAAAACAAAAAUUGGCUGUGGUGCAACAAAAUCAUUUUUAAAAUCAUACGUAUUGUUAUGGAACACCACUUCUUGAACAAUCUUCUAUAAAUAGAAAGCUAUGUAUAAAAUACCACUCAAAUCUACUUUUUGGAAAAUUUGGUUUUAUUAAAAAAUACAAAGCUACACAGAUUUUCAUUACUAAUUAGUCUUUUGUGUAAACAAUUUUAUGCUGUAUUGUAGUUGUGCAGCAAUAAACCAUGAUUUUUAAAAUAUUUGAUUGGAGGAAAUUAUUGCAUUACAAUGAUUAGUCACGUGCUAAGAAAUGCACUUAGUCACAUUUUGUAUGCUUCAAGUAAUUUUAUUUGUACCCUUUUGCAGUUGACAUAUGAACAGUUCUGAGGAGGAUUUCCUCUGUGCACUGGGUAAAGCAGCAUCAUUGACAUUUUAUAUGCUAUGACUUUAGUUACACGCUCACAUCCCAGAGAAAACUUUCCUCUAAAGUGGAAUAUUUUACAUCUAUUUUCAACACUCCACUUUUCUGUGAUUUAAAACUUGCAAUUUUAUGGCAGCGAAGAUUGAAGUUGUCCGACCCCUGAAGUAUCUUCAAAUGUGUAUUUUCAGUGUAAAUCCAUUUGUCUCAACUUGCAGACUAACAAUCUUUUGAGGUGAAACAUUGCAUAUAUAGGAUUCUGUUUUAAAUGGCUGGAAGGAUGUAUGGUUUAAUGGCACUGAAUAGUUAUCAUUUUUUUACACUUGUUAAUGACAAAUACUUUGAGGUUUAUACCUUUUCUUAAAAACAACUUGUCAAAUUGGUAUUGUUUUUUGUAUGGUAUUUUAACAAAUCUUACAUUCAGUAGAAAGUCAAUUUAUGUACCGACUUUACAAUUUUAAUUCAGAAUGUUUACAAAGGAAUUUUGAUUAAUUUGAACUUGUUUGGCAAUUCACUCUGCAGCUCAUGCUUUGAUUUUGUCAGUUGUACAAUAAAUGCCUAGGCGAACGUGAGUACUGCAGAUGCUGGAGAUUAGAGUCACCACAGUCUUGACUCUAAUAAAUGCCUCGUUCCAUGCUUUGUAGAAAUGUUUUUUUUUAAUCCCUAAAAGUAUGAAGAAGUGAUACAGAAUUAAAUCGUAUUAUAUUCAAUUUUAUAUUUAAACUUGUACAUUUUAAAUAAUUUUAAGAUGUGCAUUUAAAGUUUACUAGAAAAAUACAUUUAAAUUUAGUACCUCUCCAUGCACUUCCUUCAACUAAAAAUUAGCACACUAGUGAAUAAUCUUGAUAGAAGGAAAAUAGUGCAUUGCCUUUCGACAAUGAAUUGUUAAAAUAACUAUCAUUGAAUUUUGGGAAUUAUGCAUGCUACCCAUCUACUUAUGGUUUUCACAGGGUAACAGCAGUGAAGAUGCUUUCUAGUUUCUUGGGUCACGUUUUGUACAGAGCACAAUUUGUCAAGUUGUACAUAAUUAAAGUUGAUCUUAAAGUGUUA